GUGAAUCGAUACGGGAGGAGGCGUGGCCAAUGUGGGCGUGGUUAGAGGAAAGGGGAGCACAUCAGCUUCAUUAAAUCUGCUGAUGCGGCACAAGCUGACUAACAUUUCAUGACAUUUUCCACCUUUAUUUUCACAUUCUGCUCUUUGUCAGUGGAUCUCAUGACUGACUGCCAAAUGGUUCUGUCGGGCUUCACAGCAGAUGAGAAGAUGGAGCUGGAGAGCUUGAAGAUGUACAAGAAACGCCUUCUGGACGACAUCCAGAGGCUAAAACUGGAGAUAGACAGCGUCAUGGCCGAAGUGCUCAGCUUUGAGUCGACCGAGGCCGAGGAAAGCAGAAGCAUGGAGAGGAAGCAGUUCUUCAACGGCAAGAAGAAGUUCAACAUGGACCCCAAGAAGGGUAUAAAUUACCUGGUGGACAACAAGCUGUUAAGCAGAAGCGCUGGAUGCAUCGCAGAGUUCCUCUACAAGGAGGAAGGACUCAACAAGACUGCUAUUGGAGAGUUCCUGGGAGAAAGAGACGAGCUCCACCUGCAGACCCUGAAGGCCUUCGUAGAACUUCAUGAGUUCUCAGACCUCAACCUGGUCCAAGCACUCAGACAGUUCCUGUGGAGCUUCCGUCUGCCCGGCGAGGCCCAGAAGAUCGACCGCAUGAUGGAAGCCUUCGCCAAGCGCUACUGCGAUUGCAACGUCAGCGUCUUCCAGUCCACAGACACGUGCUACAUCCUGUCCUUCGCCAUCAUCAUGUUGAACACCAGCCUGCACAACCCCAACGUGAGGGACAAGACCACGCUGGAACGCUUCGUCUCCAUGAACAGAGGCAUCAACAACGGCGAGGACCUCCCCCGCAACCUGCUCUCGAAACUAUACGAGAGCAUCCGCAACGAGCCGUUCAAAAUCCCGGAGGACGAUGGGUUGGAUCUCACGCACACUUUCUUCAACCCAGACAGAGAAGGAUGGCUCCUAAAACUUGGAGGUCGUGUGAAAACCUGGAAGAGGCGAUGGUUCAUCCUGACUGACAGUUGUCUUUACUACUUUGAGUUCACCGCAGACAAGGAGCCCAGAGGUAUCAUCCCUCUGGAGAACCUCAGCGUGAGAGAAGUUCCUUUCCCCCGCAAGCCGUUCUGCCUGGAGCUCUACCAGCCCAACAGCCGAGGGCAGAAGAUCAAAGCGUGCAAGACGGAGACGGACGGGCGGGUGGUGGAAGGCAAGCAUCAGUCCUACGCCAUCUGUGCCGCCAGCGCCGAGGAGCGCGACUCCUGGAUCGCCGCCAUCAGGGCGAGCAUGACCAAGGACCCGUUCUACGACCUGGUGUCGCAACGCAAGAAGAAGUUGAUCAAGCAGAACCAGAACCAACAGGACUGAACUGGAGGUCUGCUGCCCUCCUACUGUACAUUUUACUGUAAGUGUGUGAGUGUGUGUGUGUUCUUGUAUUUCUACCCUUCUUGAGACAUCAACAAGGAAUCGUAGCUUCCAUAUGAGGAGGUGUGAACAAGUUAGGACAUAAAUCAUGGUCCCAAUACCGAAAACCAUUGCAUCUAAUAGAGAAUGUCUCAUUUGCUCCUUGGUGGUGGAAUCAAUCAAAAUGAGGGUGGUCCUUAAAAGGAGGGAUUUUAAAAAAUUGACUGUGUGUCGCUUUUAAAAGUGCUCCCCCUCUGGUCAACAUAUGAAAUAACAAGUGUGUGUAAGAAAUUGAAAUGCGCCCCCUUUGGUCAAAAUUAAUAAAGAAAAUUAAAUAAAUAUGUAUAUAGAGACAUACUGUAAUAACUUGCAAUAAAUAAUGAAGAUUAAAAAAAUAAAAUAUUUUUUAGUAAAAGCAGUCUUUUUCUCACAAUGCGUCGACUUUUCUCUUAUAAAAUCGGCAACAAUUUCUCAUAUUCUUUCUGCUUCUGUAAUAUUGCAAUAUUUUCUCGUAACAUUACUACUUUUUUAUGUUAAAUUAUUACUUUUAUAUGCAAAAUGGCGACAUUUGUCAUGUAAAAUUCUGACUUUUAUCACAACAUUGCCCAUUUUUGUUGUUGUUUUUGUAAAACAGUGACAUUUUUUGAGUAAAAUGAUGACUUUUGUCAUCAUUUUGCCAAGUAAAAUUCCGAUUGUUAUUAAUACAUUGCCAACAUUUUUAAGUUUUCUUAUAAAAUUGUGACUUUUGUCGAGUAAAAUUACGACUCUUUUCGUAAAAUUGCCAAAACUUUAAGGUUUUCUUGUAAAAUUGCGACCGUUAUUGAGUAAAAUUCCAACUUUUAUCAUAAUAUUGCACAAAUGUUCAGUUUUUCUUGUAAAAUUUGGACUUGCGUCGAGUAAAAUUACAACUUUUAUAAUGAAACUGCCAAAAUUGUACGUUUUUCUUUUGAAAUUGAGACCUUUUUCUUGUGAAAUUCCAACUCAUUUUUCACAACAAGCUUUUUCAUAUUUGCAUAGUAUGUAUAUAUUAUUAAUGUUGCAAAUUCACGUCUUUAUAUAUCUAGAAAGGGUGGUCCUAAAGAGGUAGGCAUUUUUCAGAGGUCUCAAGAAGGUAAGAAAUACAAGAAUGUGUGUGUGUGUGUGUUCUGGUAUUUCUACCCUUCUUGAGACCUCAACAAGGAAAAGUAGCUUCCAUAUGAGGAGGUGUGAACAAGUUAGGAUAUAAAUCAUGGUCCCAAUACCGAAAACCAUUGCAUCUAAUAGAGAAUGUCUCAUUUGCUCCCUGGUGGUGGAAUCAAUCAAAAUGAGGGUGGUCCUUAAAAGGAGGGAUUUUAAAAAAUUGACUGUGUGUCGCUUUUAAAAGUGCUCCCCCUCUGGUCAACAUAUGAAAUAACAAGUGUGUGUAAGAAAUUGAAAUGCGCCCCCUUUGGCCAAAAUUAAUAAAGAAAAUUAAAUAAAUAUGUAUAUAGAGACAUACUGUAAUAACUUGCCGUAAAUAAUGAAGAUUAAAAAACUAAAAUAUUUUUUACUAAAAGCAGUCGUUUUCUCACAAUGUGUCGACUUUUCUCUUAUAAAAUCGGCAACAAUUUCUCAUAUUCUUUCUGCUUCUGUAAUAUUGCAAUAUUUUCUCGUAACAUUACUACUUUUUUUAUGUUAAAUUAUUACUUUUAUAUGCAAAAUGGCGACAUUUGUCAUGUAAAAUUCUGACUUUUAUCACAACAUUGCCCAUUUUUGUUGUUGUUUUUGUAAAACAGUGACAUUUUUUGAGUAAAAUGAUGACUUUUGUCAUCAUUUUGCCAAGUAAAAUUCCGAUUGUUAUUAAUACAUUGCCAACAUUUUUAAGUUUUCUUAUAAAAUUGUGACUUUUGUCGAGUAAAAUUACGACUCUUUUCGUAAAAUUGCCAAAACUUUAAGGUUUUCUUGUAAUAUUGCGUCUGUUAUUGAGUAAAAUUCCAACUUUUAUUAUAAUAUUGCACAAAUGUUUAGUUUUUCUUGUAAAAUUUGGACUUGCGUCAAGUAAAAUUACAACUUUUAUAAUGAAACUGCCAAAAUUCUACGUUUUUC